AGGGCUCUCGCCCGCGCCGGGGGAGGGGCGCGCGGGACAGCCGCGGAGGGAGCCGGCACCGGAGGGGGCGGACGCGCGGGCCGGGCGCUGGCUGUCGAGGGGCGCGGACGGCCCGGGACGGAGACCCGCCGGGGCCCAGAGCCCCGGGCGCCCAGCCCGCCCUUCUCCCGCCGCCCCCGCCCCCCGCGCGCCCCCGCCCCGGCUCCGCUCCGCCCCUCGCGCGGGGUCCGCGUCUGCGGCUGCGUUCCCCGAAAGACAAGGCUGCGCCCGGGUUCCGGUCCGCAGGGAGACCGAAGGGCACCGCUCCCCGCGCCUCCCGGAGCCCCGGAGCCGCGAUCCCCCCCCCAGGGAUGUGAGUGCGCCCCCGACCCGAAGCCCGCGCUCCACGCCUCGACCUCCGGCCUGCGCCCCGGAGGACCUCCGCCCACAACCCCCGCGCCUUCCCGAGGCCCGCCUGGAGCAUGCCGCCUGCAGCCAUGAACGGCCUGGGCCUGGUGCUGCUGGCCGCCCUGCUGUGCUCUGCGCCCGCUCACGGCCUGUGGUGCCACGACUGCACCCUGACCACCAACUCGAGCCACUGCACCCCGAAGCAGUGCCAGCCGUCGGACACGGUGUGCGCCAGCGUCCGGAUCACCGACCCCAGCAGCAGCAGGAAGGACCAUUCCGUGAACAAGAUGUGCGCCUCGUCCUGCGACUUCGUUAAGCGGCACUUCUUCUCGGACUAUCUGAUGGGCUUCAUUAACUCUGGGAUCUUACAAGUCGAUGUGGACUGCUGCGGGACGGAUCUGUGCAACGGGGGGGGGCCGAGGGCGGGGGGUGGCCCCUGGGCCCUGACCGGGGGGCUGCUGCUCAGCCUGGGGCCGGCCCUCCUCUGGGCUGGGCCCUGAGGCCCUGAGGCCCUCCCCCUCCCACAGGGCUUCCAGCUGACCCCCCUCCCUGAGACUCGAGGCCUCCCUCUCUCUCCACCAGCUCCGAGUCCCAGCCGGCAGGACGUCUCCGGGCCCCGGGGGUGCAGGCUGGGGGCUGGGACCCCCAGGUCUCCGAGGGAAAGGCAGGCAGAGCCAGGCCCAGCCCCACAGCCUGGCUGUGAGGGCAUCUUCCGCCGGAGAAAUAAAGUCGCUUCUGGUCCAGA